AUCACCCUUGGCGUAAGAGCUGAAUUCACCGCUGGAGGUUUAUAUUUUAAACCGUUUUAACCGUGGCUGUUUCGGGGUAACUUGACGCAUGCGCUUUGAUCGUUAGCAACCAUGUCUUGAAGGCAGGUGCAGAGUUAUACGUAACCCGGACCGAAAGGUAAAUGUCCCAGAAUAGCGGGUGCAGCAUUGUGUUGUGGGUGUUUUGUAGCAUGGAUGAUAGCGCGACCGGCGCGCUGGGUGACGCUGCCUCGUAUUUAGUGCAGCGGGCGGCAACAGCAGCUGCUAGCUAACGUCAAUGUGCAACUUCCUGUGACAAAACUCGGCUGAACUGCAGUCUUCACGCUUUUUCUGUGUUCAAACUGAGGCAACCGGGUCACACAGAGAGGUUCCUGCAGCAGAGCACAGGGAAGGGAUUCCCAGUAGUCACAGCAAGACUGAGCGAUAACUUGCUGGACCCCCCAGAGGAUGGACUAAGCACCCCCCUAAAACGAACAAACCCCCCCACCCCACCCCCUUAGACCCACUCAAGUCCCCUUUUAGUGGGGCCCCUGGGGGCCCUCGGGCAGCAGGAAUGAUGCCAAGCAGCAGACACUCGCUGUGGUGCUUCUUUUCGCCGUUCCGUACCCGUCAGGAGCGAGUGGUGCUGGCCCGCAGUGAGAGCCUGCUGGGGGAACAAGUGCUGAAGAUUACAGUAACUGAGACCACGGUGAUCGAGGCGGAGUCUGGGGUGUCGAACUGGCGCUCCAUGACCUACCUGGGCCUCUGGUACUUCUUCAGCUUCUGCACCUUGUUUCUCAACAAGUACAUACUGUCGUUACUGGAAGGAGAGCCCAGCAUGCUUGGUGCUGUUCAGAUGCUCUCCACCACCAUCAUAGGCUGCUUGAAGAUGUUUGUCCCCUGCUGCCUGUACCAGCACAAGUCCAGAAGCGAGUACCCCCCCAACUUCAUCAUGAUUAUGCUGUUUGUUGGACUUAUGAGGUUCACCACGGUGGUUCUGGGCUUGGUGAGCCUGAAGAAUGUUGCAGUGUCAUUUGCUGAAACGGUGAAGAGCUCCGCACCCAUUUUCACCGUCAUCAUGUCCAGGCUGAUCCUCGGCGAGUACACGGGGCUGUGGGUGAACCUGUCCCUGUUCCCAGUCAUGGCUGGCCUGGCUCUCUGCACAGCAACGGAAAUCAGCUUCAACAUGCUCGGCUUCUCCGCUGCUCUCUCCACCAACAUCAUGGACUGCUUGCAGAAUGUAUUCUCCAAAAAGCUGCUAAGUGGAGACACGUACAAACUCAGCCCUCCAGAGCUGCAGUUCUACACCAGUGCAGCAGCAGUCGCUAUGCUCAUACCUGCCUGGGUGUUCCUCUUGGACAUUCCCAUGAUUGGGAAGAGUGGACAGAGCUUCAUCUUGAGUCAGGACAUCAUCCUGUUGCUGCUUUUCGAUGGUUGCCUUUUCCACCUGCAGAGCGUCACUGCCUAUGCUCUCAUGGGAAGGAUUUCCCCUGUUACUUUCAGUGUUGCCAGUACUGUUAAGCACGCCCUGUCGGUGUGGCUGAGCGUCAUUGUCUUCAGCAACCAGAUAACUAUCCUCAGCGCCACCGGCACUGUCCUCGUGUUCAUCGGGGUCUUCUUGUACAACAAGGCCAGGCAGCUCCAGAGAGAAAUCUUACGGGCUUUGGCAGCUGAGCAGAACCACAAACCACUGUUCCAGGACCAGGACUUCAAAGCCUCUCAGUCUCACUGAGGACCCAGCCCUUAAGGCUACAGUGCUGCCCGAGAUAGACUAAAAGCCUUUAACAGUUCACACCCUCUGAUUCAAGAGCUGCCGUCUUUCAGGGUUCCUUCAGUGUAACUGUUAAAGCUUGAAUUAAACUGUGCGAUGGCUCGAUAAGCUGUGGGCGUGUGACUGAGCCAUCAGUAGUCCCUGUGGAACGUUGUCACCAGUAUUUCUUUGUACCUGACCCGAUUACCACUUGAAGCAUUGUUGAUCCUUUUUGUCUUCUAGUGGUCAGUUAAAGGAAGCUCAGGGGGUUUUUCUUACAUUUACAUUUUAUUACAUGCUAGUUUAUCUCUCAUCUGUGGUAAAGCAGCUACUAAAUGCAUGGUAACUGCAAAGCUUGGAAGCUGUAAGAUUUUAAACUUUGUGGUGAUGUAAUAUUCACUGUGUAAGCCAAUGUUAAAUCUAUCUUGUUGGGAUGUGUGUUUAGGAUGUAUGAAGGGCACCAGUGCCUGAGGUGGGAGGCCUUUUGUUGAGGCUUGUCCAGCUGAAGUUUGGACUGACUCUACACAUUUGGAAUCAAUGUGUAAAACAUGUGGAUAUUGCAUUCUGAGAAUGCUCAUCCUUUAUGACAUUAUUACCUUUUUUUUUUUUUUCUUUUUUAAUUAAUGGAAACUGACAUGACCGCUGAGCAUUGCUGGGAUGGCAGUGACGGCAGUGACAGCCCUGUUAAAUCUAAACGGGAAAAGAGGAUUAGAGAAAGAAUGGAUGGAAGAGUUGCUUUUUUUUUUAAAUCUUUUUGAAAAAUUGUUUAUUGAAACUUGGAUUUUAUUUCUGUAGUUUCUGUGUUUCUUGCCCUGUAGAACUGAUUCAACAGUCAAUUAAAAUGAACCAAAUAACAAAAAUAAAAUCCAAGUUGCAGUAAAAACAAACCAUCCUGUGCUUGUUGCUGCAGAUACAAAAUCUGUGUUCCUCUUUCUGUCCUUGCUGAAUCCGAUUUCAGCAUCUGUCUUGAAAGUGGAAGUUCCUCCGCUUGUAUCUGUCUCUAGAGAAGCACAUUAGUGGCGCAUUUCCCAAAAAACAAACUACAACAUGAUGCCCAUAAUUGGGCAUAUGAACCUUACUCUGACCAUACCCAAGUUCAGCUUGUUCAGUCUGACAUUUUUCUGUGCCUCUGGAAGCAGCCUUUCUUCUUCUCUUACAUGUUUUGUAACCACAGAGCUUAACCAGAACAGCUGGUUGACUUGAACUUUUUUGUCUUUACAUUAUAAACACUUUUUUUUUUUCCCGGGUGGGCUCUGAUUAAACAUUUAGACAUUACGAUUUUAUCCUUUUAUACUAAUCUUCCAUUUUGAGUCUGAGAUGCUGCUUCAGGAGGCAAGUUUGACCAUGCAGACUUUUUCAGUCUGUUGACCAAGUGCAAAGUGUUGAGGUGAGUAUGACCUGUGUUUGGGACCAUGCAAAUCCAAGAUGUAAAACAUUUUGAGGAUGUAAAAAUGGUGGAGACUG